AGGAAAACCCCCAAAUCCCAUCCGCUCUGAUCUCCAUUUCUGCGAUCUCUGAAGCUCCCUUUGACUUUGACCCACCACCAAAUCCAUCCAUUCUUCCUUCCUCCGCCAUGCUCCGCCGCUAAAUCCCCUGAAAGCCGCUAAAUCCCCCGAUUUCACGACUACCUAGAAGCCGGGUUUCUCAGAUUUCGCAGCUCUGGUUCACGAUCUGGGGCGGGUUUUGCUGCAACGUACGGGUUUAGGGGUUUCGAAGAGCAUACGAUAAUGCCUUCGGUGCCCACUCACCUCCUCCUACGACCCUCGGUCCCCAACUUGACUUCCUUCCACGGCGGCUCUUGCUCUCAUCGUCUGAAACAUCUCGAAAAAGGUGAUCGGCGCGGUAACCUUAGUUAACAUUAGGUCGAAAUCUCACUUGGGUUCGUUUAUCUUGUGGUUCUUGCUUAGCUUCCCAGUUUGUAGCGAAGUUUAGAGAGUUCUCGUCGAGAUUUCUUCGAGAAAUCUGAGGUUUUAAGGAUCGAAGAAAUCCUCUUUAAGGCUUUAAAAAGUUUGGAAUCGUUUUGUAAGAUCUUGGUGCGAAGCUUGUUCUAUCUGCUAACUUUAUUCGAGAAUUUGUUAUUGUAGAUGGACAUAAGCUCUUCUAGUGGGAAAUCGGUGUUGCGAAAUGUAGACAGUUUACAAGGUUUGCAGCCUUCUGCGAACCAAGAGCAAAUUCGUACUUUGCUUGAAGAUUAUUUAGUAAGCGACCUUGUAAGUGCUGUUGGUGAGUCCUUGAAUAUCAGAGGUAUUGGAGAAGAGUCGAUUGAUGUUAAAGAUGUUAGUGAAGAGUCUAUUGAUUCCAAAGAUGUUGGAAAAGAGUCGAUUGAUGCCAAAGGUGUUGGAGAAGAGUCGAUUGAUGCCAAAGGUGUUGGAGAAGAGUCGAUCGAUGCCAAAGAUGUUGGAGAAGUGUCCAUCGAUGCCAAAGAUGUUGGAGAAGUGUCCGUCGAUGCCAAAGAUGUUGGAAAAGUGUCGAUUGAUGCCAAAGAUGUUGGAAAAGAGUCGAUUGAGAUCAAAGGUGUUGGAGAAGUGGAACAUGCACCUGAUGGGGAUAAUACUAGUGGUGUGGAAAAAAGAAACACAUAUGAAGUUCCUAAUGCACAACAGGGAAACGUCACUCGAAAAUGCUUGAACAAGUGUGCAACCUUUCCUAUUCCUACUGGUGUGCUCUCUCCUAAUGCCUCAAGCAUAGUAAAGGAGGAACCAGAAGAAGUGCUAUGCGGGGAUGAAAAUCAUCACCAUGCCCACUCGCGCUCAGUGUCUUUGCCUUCUCCUUCGAAGCUACUUUCUGCCCUAAAAGGUAGCCGGGCGAAAGAGGGAUUAUCACCCGGGAAACUUUCUGUCAAAUGGGCCCCUGAUGUGUACGAUCCGCCUGCUACAUCAAUGUCACAUACAGUGACAGCCAAGAAACAGCAGAAGUCAAAGAACAAGAAAAAUUGUAAGAAAGAUGGAAAGAAAUGGCAAAAGAGCAGUUCUUCACGAGGAAAAGAUAAGAAGCAAUAUCGCAAAUCUGGGUCUUCUGGGAGGUGUUACAGAUCAAUGGAUCCCCGUGAAACAUUGGUUGACACAAACAAUGGUUUUGGUGAGCUUGUGGUAGGCAGCCCAGACCAGCAUUCUUAUUGUGGGAGCUCCUUCUUGAAAAAUUCGCUCGCUAACAUGCAUUACCCGGUUGCUGAAGCCUCGUAAGUAAAAACAUAUAUAUGUUGCGAAUUUCACAACCUCCGUUGUGUACAUAAAUAAGUCACUCGAGACCGUUUUGUUGAUGAUAGUGUUUGAGAAAACUUGGAACAAUCUGCUACUCUAGUCAUGUCCAUGUUGUUGACCCAGCGUGGUGAUUUCUUUGCGUGUUGUGUCGUUGCUACCCUAUUAUGAUUUGCCAAUUAUCUGCUUAUCAAUUUAUGUGAUCGCAUUGUCUGCGUACUCUCUCCAGCAAAGGUUCAUGAAUUCAUAGGUUCAUGAAUUCAUACAUCAAUAGCAUUAUAGAACCCUAAUGUAUGAGGAA